GAGAAAGAAUCAAAAGCCAAAUUCGAUCAAUCAAGCUGGAGUGGAAGAAAGGGAAAGUGAACCCAUUGGUGAGGGGAAUAAGAUCGAGGUUAAGACCAAAAUCGAUGCCUUUAAAUGUAGUCAAUGAUCGUGAUGGUUCUUCUCGCAUUCUUUUGACCGACCCUGCUGGAUCAACUGCUGAGGUGCUUUUGUAUGGAGGACAAGUGGUUUCUUGGAGAAAUGAAAGGAGAGAGCAGUUGCUUUAUAUGAGCAGCAAGGCGCAACUGAAACCACCCAAGGCGAUUAGGGGAGGGUUACCUAUCUGCUUUCCACAGUUUGGGAAUUUUGGUGCACUUGAGCGACAUGGAUUUGCUCGUAACAGAUUCUGGUCAUUCGAUAAUGAUCCCUCACCUCUGCCUCCGGCUAACCAGCAAUCAACUGUUGAUUUAGUAUUGAAGUCUACUGAAGAUGAUUUGAAGAUAUGGCCUCAUAGCUUUGAACUUCGUGUUCGCAUAUCUAUCAGUCCUGGAAAACUUACUAUCAUCCCGCGUGUGAGGAACACUGACCUAAAGGCAUUCUCCUUUAUGUUUUCACUUCGUAACUACUUAUAUGUAUCCGACAUAAGUGAAGUUCGGGUUGAGGGUCUGGAGACACUUGAUUAUCUGGACAACUUGAUGCGUAGAGAAAGAUUCACGGAGCAGGCAGAUGCAAUUACCUUUGACGGCGAGGUUGAUAAAGUGUACUUGAACACUCCGACAAAGAUUGCCAUCAUAGAUCAUGAGAGAAAAAGAACUAUCGAGUUGCGAAAGGAAGGCAUGCCAAAUGCAGUUGUGUGGAACCCUUGGGAUAAGAAGGCCAAGAGUAUUGCAGAUAUGGGAGAUGAGGAUUACACAACAAUGCUGUGUGUAGAUUCUGGUGCUAUAGAAACCCCAAUUGUGUUGAAGCCACAUGAAGAGUGGAGAGGGAGACAAGAACUCUCUAUCGUCUCCUCAAGCUAUUGCAGCGGUCAGCUCGAUCCACGUAAGGUCAUGGAGAGGACUUGGAUUGUGGAUGGUCCAUGGAUCGCAAGGAAUGUAAAGAAUGCGUCUGUGUCUUCAGCUCUGCAGAUUAAAGACUGUGAAGCUUAUAUCAACUGCCCUAACUGCUAUUACCGCGUCGACAACAGCAAUGUACUGACUCCAUGGCCAGGCCUUCCUAAAGGUGUGAAAUUUGAGCCAACAGAUGAGGAAGUGAUUGAGCAUUUGGAAGCUAAGUGUGGUAUUGAUGGCUUAAAUCCACAUAUUCUUAUCCAAGACUUUAUAUGUUCAGUCACUCAAGAUGUUGGUAUCAACUACACUCACCCUCAAAACCUUCCAGGUGUGAGUAAGGAUGGAACUAGUGUCUUCUUCUUUAACAAGACCGCACAUGCAUAUCAAAAUGGGCAGAGAAAGAGGAGAAGGAUCACACCAACUAGUCUCAAGGAUGAAUCGGUUCGCUGGCACAAGACUGGUCAAACCAAACCGGUGAUCCUCAAUGGAGUCCAGAAGGGAUGCAAGAAGAUCAUGGUGCUCUAUAAGAGCGCGAGGAAGGGAUUAAAACCCGAGAAAUCGAAUUGGGUUUUGCACCAGUACCACUUGGGAACAGAAGAAGGCGAGAUUGGGGAAUAUGUUGUCUCUAAGAUAACAUAUCAGCAACCAAAGCAAUGGGAGAAAACCAUCGAUGAGAGUGAGAGUUCUGGGGCUCGAGGUGGCCUGACCACACCGAAAACUACUACUCCUACACAAGCUAAACCUGUGAUUUCUGUUGAUGAGGAUGAAAUAGCUUAUGAUGAUACUAAGAUGGUUCAUGAUUCAUUUGCCGAGGGACUGGAUAACAUUCAAGAAGCUUCUUAUGGUUCAACAUCAGACAGAGGAGCUCAAGUGGCAGGGAAUGUGAGUGUUAUUGAAGAUAACUUGGUUUCCAAGAAAGUUGAAGCUUCGUCGUGCCUUGUGGAAAAGAACCCUAAUUAUGGAAAUGUUGACAUUGGAUCUGGGAACUUUUCAGUCUCAGAUUUGGAGAAUGCAGAUUUAGGGACUCUCCCUGAUUUAUUUUCCUUGGCUUCUGAGGACAGCUUAUUGAAUUGGUUGGGAUGGUUUUGAAGCUAAGGACAAGAAGUAUUUUUUUCUUGCAUUUUCCAAGAUAGACGACAAGAAAAUCCAGAGAAGAAGAAUAAAAACAAAGGCAGGAACAGGAAUGUAAAUAGAUCAAAGUAGCCAGGAAAGUAAGAUUUAUCGACAUUUGCUUCUGUUUCUGUCAUCGGAGACGCCAUGUAAUUUGUUCCUUUUUCAGAAUCCCUGAAAAAUCACUUAACCUCUGUUUGUUGUUGUUGUUGUAGUUUACUAUAGUGGUUAUGUUGCUUUACGUAGACAAUACAAUUUCAAUGGCUUC